AUGUUCUUGAAGACACCACCGCAGGUGCGGGGGGAAGAAAGCGGCCGAGGCUGCCGCACCGGCUGGGACUACAGCUCCCGGGGUGCCCCGCGGCCGCCGCCUGUCCCCAUGGCAACCGCGACGCGGCUGCCCGCCGAGGAGGCCGGCAGUUCUAGAGGAAGCAACAAUGUUACUUCAGACUCAAUCAAACAAGAUGAGAUCAUCAUCUCAUCAGAGAACCACAUCUCUGACAGCAACAGUGCAUUACAGAUUCCCCAAAGCCCAGAAGUAUUAGAAGCAGCCGCUGUAACAGAGGUAACGACUGUAAGCAACACAGUAGAGAAUACAGAAAUGAACACAGAAGUGAAAAUUCUCACACUGACUAUUCUGAGGGCGUUGUCAGUGAUGUGUGCUGAAACACCCAGAAGCAGCAAACAUUUAGAAAUAUCAGGAACUGAAGAGAAGAAAACAGAGGAAAAGGAAGAAAAGGAAAAGGAAAAGAAGAAAAAAGGACACUGUAUCUUCCCCCAAGAUGAUAAAAAAGGAGGAACAAAAUUGCCAGCUGAGAAGAUACCACAUCAAAAUUCUUCAUCUCCAAGCCUGCAGAGCAGUAUGAUUUCCCCGAAAAAAAAUACAGUGGCUCAGCGAAUAUCAUCAGCAAAAGUUCACAAAAUUAAGGAGCUGAAGAAUGAAAUAGUUGACUUACAAUGCAAAUUAGAAGCAUCAAGCUUAGAAAACCACAUUUUGAAAGAGCUUCAGUAUCGACACUUGAAAGCAAUAGAUAGAUACGAAAAUUUAGAAAGUAACUUGCAGGAUCUUUUAGCAAGUCAUUAUAAUGAGGUGAGAACUUUAAGGAAAAGCCUGAGGAUGUCUCAGGAGGACGAGAGAAAUUCAUCCAGGAAGCUCAGAGAAGUUGAAGCAGAGCUGCUAAAAGCUAAAAGUGCUUUGCAGACCUUGCGUAUGCUUUCAGAAGACAAAACUCUCGCAGAGAGAGAGGAACUUGAUCACAGAUUGUCAGUCCUUACAGAAAAAAUCGAAGUGAAUAAUAAGAGAAUACAGAGCCUGGAGAAGCAGCUGAAGUUGAACAAUAGCAGCUUUAGUCGUCAGCUGGCAAAUGAGAGCAGAAAAGCUCUGGAAGCUGGGAUAAUUACAAAGACCUUGCAAAUGGAAAUUAACUCUCUUCACCAGAAAAUAAAGGAAAAAGAUCGGCAACUUUAUGUAAAAAAUAUCUAUGCAAAUCAGAUGCCUAAAAUCCCAAAAGGCAAAAGAGAUUCAGUACCUCAUGGGAAAAGUUUCAGUAUACACAGAUCAGUACAAGUAGAUAAACAGAGUUUUAGACCACUGCUGCUGUCAGAGUACGAAGUUCAGGAAACAGAAACCAGUCCAGUUCAGCUAACAAAGGAGGAAAUGUCUUCAGAAGAUAAAAGUCAAAAAGCUGAAGCAAAUGAAGCAUACACAGAUACCCAACGUAGAACAGAAAAACAAUCAACCAAGAAAAUACAAGAGCCAGAAACUUUUAACAGGACACGUAGAGACUAUUUAAGGGAGGGCAGACAACUGAUGGAAGAACACAUUUGUUUGGAAUUUAUGAAAGAAGAAAAAGAGGCAGAUUUGCUUAAACAGGAGCUGAAAGAACUGAUGAAAACUGAACAAACUCCUCUAAGUGACAGUAUGAAGGAGAACAAUCAAAAGGAAGAUGCAGCGGAAGAACAUGUGAAAGAAUUAAAAAAGCCAGAUGAAGAGCUAAAUAACAGUGAGCAGCCAGGGAGUAGAUGUGUAACUCCAGGUCUAAGAAACAAAACAACCAUUAGGCUGAAGGAAAAAUACAUAUUCUCAGAAGCCACAGAGAAUUUGCAUCAUGGGCUUCUUACAUCAGGUACAAGACCAAAACACAGCAGGCUUUGCAAGCACAGGCAGGAGUGCAGUGGAACAGCUCAAUCAAAAGUGAAAAAUUCCUUUGGGCUGUAUGAACCACCUUCUGGUCACAUCACCAGAAGGCAGAAGGACAGUUCCACUGAAGCAGGAGGCCACACUCAUAUGAAAUUUGCUGAAAGGAACCAUCUUAAGAAACAACUCUUUGGACUAGGCUGUUCUUGAAGAUACAACCCUUCCAGUUCUAACAUGGGAGGAAUGAAGAAGUGAAAGGAUGCAGGAUUACACAAGCCAGAUUUCAAACCACGACUACUAGUUCAUCACGUAAAGCAUCUGACACCAAUCAUUAUGAAUAACCUCAUGAGAAUACACAGACUAUUUUAUUUGCUAUUUAGUUAAGUACAUCAACUUAGCUUUACUCUAGAAACAGGGAUCCUUACAAACACUUUUAAAAAGCAAUGUUUUUACCUUCAUUAAAUGCAUCCUAAAUCUUAUAAAUACUGACAAUGUCUUUCAAUGAUUUUUCCAAAAUGGUAAGUCAAAUCAGUUGUCACAAAAGAACAUUCUCCUAUUCCUGCUCCAUGUGCAUGCAUGCACAUGCAUAUUCACCUUACAAAGAGAGCCUAACAAUGCAGACAUUUUUACCUGUUACCAGGUGUCCAAGCUAGUCCUUGUUUUGCACCUUUCAGUUGUUUGCAUUCUCUCUGCAGUUUGAAUUUUGAAGCUGAUUAUUCAUUAGCCAGGCAAAGUGAGCAAUCUGCUUUUGUAAGGUUCAUCGUUGGGUUAGUACCAACAAUGCUAUAAAAGAAAGUAAGUUAUUUUCUUCACUCCUGAAAUAGCUUCCAGAAUUCACACACAAUAAAAAUAAUUUGCUAUUGCUGUGUUUUCACUACCAUUAUAAAGCUCUAAAGCUUCCUUCUUUUCCAGUGUUGGAACUUACCAAAACAGUUUGCCUGGUAACUUCCACAGCUGACAUCCAAAGAUGAAUGUGCAAGAGUAAACUAUUGUUUAGGAGAAGUCAGGCGUAUCCAGUUCUCCAAAGCCUUUAAAAAUCCUGUGUUUAAGGUUAUGUAAGCAAGGGUAGGAGGAUUAUAUUUUGUUCCUCACAGUAAUGCAUGAAGCACUUGUUAGAAUUAUAUGAAGUUAUGGAAAAUUACGUGUAUUCUAUUAACUUUAAAAGGCACUUGAAAAAAACCCUUCAAAAUGAUACUGCAAAAGCUGUUCAGGUGAUGGAGACAUUCAGAUCUGAACUUGCUUGCAGUGUAUUUUCCAAACUUUUGCAAGCUUUUCUGGAAGCAGUGCUGCAGCUGUACAGGGGGCACGUUUCAAAGCACGACUUCUGGUGUCAGAAAAGCAGCUUCUUUCUCCUCUACGAACUAUUACCAGAGGCAGUGCCUUCGCUGCUGUCCCAAAGCCAGGAGCAGACAAGCAAACAUAAUCCAACACUCCUCUGUGCCGACCGGGUUACCGAAGGCCUUUUUGCCCUCACUCACCGAAGUGCUUGACUGGAGCCACCAACAAACAGCGCACUGGGUGACCCUGUGCUACACCUGGAUAAACACCAAGUGCCACUGUGAAGGUUUUCAGUGGUGCUGCUUUCCUUGACUUCACUGUGCUAAACUCCGUAUGAAGCCAAGUGGAAAUACCAUUAGCCACCUCUUUAGACUCAGAAGUAGGUCAAUGUCAUAGUUAAAUAAUCUGUCCCAAAUACCUUA